CAUGUGUUCAGGGACUUGAGGGACUCAUCUAGAGUGUCUGCUUAAGUGUGGUGGAUCGUCUAAUGGCUCCUCUAACAUCAUGUGCAGUUUAGUACAAUAAAUUACUAUGUGUAAGAAGAAACAAUGGCUAUGCUGAGGAAGAUUAACCGAGUGCUGUCCAUGUUACUCAUCCUGAUGGCUUUGGCUCUUCUCUACAGCAAAAUGUUUAGAGCACAUCAGCCAGAAAAACACUCAGAGCUCAGAGGGACCAAGGCCUCGAACCGAACCAUGGACGAUGAAUCUGAGUCGGAAACAGACGUUCCCAUUGUGAUCUGUGCAGCGGAAGAGCGUCUGGGUGCCGCCAUGGCAACCAUCAACAGCGUGUAUAGCAACACACGAGCCAGUGUGUUCUUCUAUAUAGUGACCUUGAGGGAUGCUAUCAAGCUGACAAGGCAGUACAUUAAGAAAACCAAGCUGAAACAGGUCAAAUAUAAGAUCCUGGAGUUCAAUCCUAUGUCACUGAAAGGCAAAGUGAAGCCAGAUACAUCCCGACCAGAUCUCCUCCAUCCUCUGAACUUCGUACGUUUCUACUUACCCCUGCUUGCUCUAAGCAAUCAUAAGAAGAUUGUUUACCUGGAUGAUGAUAUCAUCGUUCAAGGAGAUAUCCAGGAGCUGUACAAGAUCAAGCUACAGUCAGGACACGCAGCAGCAUUCGCUUCAGACUGUGACCUGCCUGCUACACACGAGAUGGUGCGCAGUGUGGGCAUGCAAGCAUCCUACAUGGGUUUCCUGGACUAUCGAAAGCAGGCAGUCCGAGAGCUGGGGAUUAACCCGACUGACUGCUCCUUUAACCCUGGUGUGUUUGUGGCUGAUAUCGAAGAGUGGAAGAAGCAGAAGAUCACUGUGCAGUUGGAGAAAUGGAUGAGCGUGAACGUUCAGGAAAACCUUUACAGCAGUGCCAUGGCAGGCGGUGUAGCCACUCCUCCUAUGCUCAUAGUGUUCCACAACAAAUAUACAACGAUCGAACCGAAGUGGCACGUCAGACACCUGGGUUGGAGUCCUGAUGCUCAUUAUCCCCAGUCGGUCCUCCAAGAGGCACGACUGCUUCACUGGAAUGGUCGCUUUAAACCCUGGGACUACCCCUGUGUUCACCUUGACCUCUGGGAAAAAUGGUUUAUUCCUGACCCCUCUGGAAAAUUUGUAUUGUUGCGGCCUGAAACAUUAAAAAACACCUAAGAGACUUUUAUAUACUAAUUAAUGCGACGAUUGAAGCCUGGUACGUUAAGAUGUUGACCUACUGACAGGAAGUGAGUUCACAUACCAGGCUGCCCAGGUAUAUAAAGAAGAUAACGAAGUGACAAGGGGUCUGGAAAAUUAAGUAAAUAUAAGUCUGGAAAAUGGGUGUUUUCAUAAUUAUACAGUAUUAAGACAACAAAGCUAAAAAAACAAAUCAAAAAACAUUUUGUAACUCAAAUGCACCAUACUACUCAAUAUAUGAGGGUAGAAAUCAUCAUGGCUAGGUUUUUUUUCUGCCCCAGAAAGGCUUGAAAAUUUAGAGAAAAUGACCUCAACCUCAGGGGGGCACGGUGGCUUAGUGGUUAGCACGUUCGCCUCACACCUCCAGGGCUGGGGGUUCGAGUCCCACCUCCGCCUUGUGUGUAUGGAGUUUGCAUGUUCUCCCCGUGCCUCAGGGGUUUCCUCCGGGUACUCCGGUUUCCUCCCCCGGUCCAAAGACAUGCAUGGUAGGUUGAUUGGCAUCUCUGGAAAAUUGUCCGUAGUGUGUGAUUGUGUGAGUGAAUGAGAGUGUGUGUGUGUGCCCUGCGAUGGGUUGGCACUCCGUCCAGGGUGUAUCCUGCCUUGAUGCCCAAUGACGCCUGAGAUAGGCACAGGCUCCCCGUGACCCGAGGUAGUUCGGAUAAGCGGUAGAAGAUGAGUGAAUGAAUGACCUCAACCUCUUCAAAACUUUGUAAAGGCACCACUGGGUGGUAGUGAAAGUGAUCAGACUGGUGGUGAAUUACAAGAUCUCCCAUCACAUCAUCGGCCUUAUGCCAAUUUUGCACUAAUGAGAAAACUGUUUACGUUGAGUAUUUUAAAGCUUUGUACUGUGAGCUGUGGCAGAUCCAUAGACAUUACAGUAAAAAGCUCAACUGAUAUUUAACUCCAGUAAUUUCAGACAAGAUACAGAUGAUUCCUUUUUGGAAACAUUUAAUCGUUCACAUGACAGGAAUUCAGCACUCCAUAACCUGGUCAGUUAAAUAUUAACAAAUUUACAGUCAUGAGGAAUGUAAAAAAAAAAAGAUCAAACAGAAAAAAAAAAAAACAGCUCCUUAAAAAACCCCUAACCCAACAUCCCCAACAGAUAGACAAGGCAGCCACUUGGGAUCCAGACUCUACCCUGUCUGUCCACCCCCCUGUUCAAAACCCCUCCCCCUGUUCACAACCUCUUAGAGCUCAUCCUUCUCUGUGGCUUCCUGAAAAAUAAAAGACAGGAUCUCAGUUAUACAGAAAUGACCAUAUCCCCCGUUUUGUCCACUCAUAGCUAGACACACAUUCUCUGCAGUUACAACAAAAAGUUAAAUAAACUCACCGUAUCUUCAGUAUCUUCUGCUGCCACCUCCUCUUCAUCCUCUGCCUCCUCAGCUGGUUCCUCAGGCUCCUCUUCUGGCUCUUCUUCAACCUAAGCACACAUAAAAAACAUGGGAUUUUAAAAGCAGAACAAACUCCAGGUGUCUAGUGUAUUAGUGUGAUUAUCUGGUCAUACAUGUGCAUGUGUGUUGUACUCACCUGUUCAUCUAGGUCGAUGUUCAUGCUAAGCCUGAGCAUGCGCUCUAUCCUGUCUCCGUAGGCCUUAGUGUCGGCCAGCUGGUAGCCUGAGCGCAGAGUGGCAGUUUCGAACAAGACCACGGCCAGAUCAGAUGCUGUCUGGUCAUCUUCAUUAGACUGUAAAGAUAAAGUGUAAAUAAAAAUGUAACGCUCACAGAGUCGCAUCAGAAACUCUACUAAUAGGAAGGCUAGUAAGAAUAACGCUGUUUUGAUUAAACAGUAUUACUGUUAAAAAUGCAAGAAUAAAAAAGGGCAAACAAAUUGAACCCCAAAAUUAGCAAAGAAAUCAUUCAUACUUACAGAGACUCUCUUCAGCAUCUCUUUAAUUAGGGGAUGUUUGGGAUUGAGUUCUAAAGUUUUCUUCUGACUUGCAUAAUAACUGAAAAGGAAAAAAGGUGAAUUUAUUUAUUUUAACUUAAUAUACAAUCCAACAAUCUGAAAUCAUUAAAAAGGGAUUAAAAAAAACAACAAC